AUGGAGGGUCCUAGUAGUCAGAAAUCUGGACAAGACGAAGUGAAACUAAUUCUCAGCACAUGGAUUUGCAAAUCUACUGGAGCCUGGCUUUUCGAAGCAGAUACGAUUGAAGGAUCUUCAAGUAUCAAUCUUUCAGACGACCUAAAAUUCCGAGAUCUUAUCGACGAAGUCGGCAAGAAGUUACAGAUCUUGGCAGAGAACGUCAGUGUGAAGCUCGCUUAUCAGUACCCUCAGUGGAUGGUGAUUGAUGAUGGCGAUGGCUCAACUCCACAGUAUAUCACCAAUGAUGAAGAGGUCCAAUUUUUCAUUCAAAUGCCUCGUCAUAUCGAGGAGGUCAAUCUAUGUGUCACACUUACAGCUCAUGUCAAUGAAAUUCCUACAGUCUCUACAUGCAACAAGAAGGAAAUAAAAAAGACAAAUGAGACAGAGGAUGUUCCAUCGUCUGAAACUGAAGAAACCGGAGACAAUUCAGAAGACGAGUGGCACCAAUUUGCUAUGUCUGAGACGCCAAUGACUUUUCCGGCAUUUGGGUCCACACAACUAUCUGAUCUUCCUCCAAAACAUCGUCACCGCAUGCAGACACGAGCUACAAGCAUCUCCAUUAAUGAAGGAGCAUCUGCAAUUCGACUUAAUAGUCUGAAUCUCGCUAUCACUGACAAAGGAAAAGGAAAAGCCGUUGUCACCGAUUAUGGUAGUUCAAGUGACAGUGACAAUGAAGAUGAUGCUGUUGUUCCUUGUUUACCGAAUAAAAACCAACGAGUUCCUCAUAACAACAACUCCACUGCCGAUGUAAGACGUAGGUUGUUUCAGGAUGGAGAGAACAGCCAUUCAGAAGGAGUUAAUCAUGGCCAAAGUGAUGAAGAUGAUGAAAACAAUGAUUAUGAACCAGACCAAGGACGUCGUUUCAGUCGAUGGGGAAGAUUUGAGGAGGCUCUGCAUCAAAUUCUUAAUGAUUUCACUGCUGAACUAACUCUAUUUGGCCGUGAUGCUCCACCAGUCUUCUCAACUUACGAAUGUGAUGCAACUCUCAAACACACCUGCUCUGUUGACGCGAGGAGGAACUAUCAUCGCCUAGCAACAACACAAGUCAUUGGUGAGUUGAUGCAGAGUAAAUUCGUGGGAAUUAAGAGAGGUUCAUCACCAUCUGGAAUAAGGAAGAUUCUGCUUGACGAAUUUCAUGUUAAUGUCUCUUAUUGGAAAGCAUGGUGUGCUCGUGAGAUUUCCAUGGACAACACACAUGGUUCAAUGGCUGGAAGUUACGCUCUGGUUCCUGUCUAUCUCGCGCUUCUACAAAACGCAAAUCCAGGCACAAUUUGUUACCUUGAGACAGUCACUGAUCCCAAAGGAGGUACGAGGUUCAAAUAUUGCUUUAUAGCUUAUGGUGCUUUUGUUGCUGGAUUUCAACACAUGAGAAAAGUUAUUGUGAUUGAUGGAACGAGUAUGAAAGGAAGAUAUGGAGGUGUCUUACUUUCAGCCUGCACACAAGAUGGAAAUUUCCAAAUCUUUCCAUUAGCCUUUGCAAUAGUUGAUAGUGAGAACAACAAUGCUUGGCAGUGGUUUCUUGAGAAGUUGAACACUUUUGUUCCUGAUUCACCAGAACUGGUGUUUGUCUCAGAUAGACACCAAAGCAUAUACAACGGACUUGAGAGAGUUUUUCCUCUUGCACAUCACGAUGUUUGUGUUGUGCAUCUUUGGAGGAAUAUUAGAUCAGGCUACAAGCCACGUCAUGUCGCUAAUCUUGUAUCAGCUGUAGCUAGAGCUUUCACUAUCCCUGAAUUUAACAAAAAGUUUCUCGAGAUACAAAAGUUGAAUCCAGGAUGCGCUGCAUAUUUGGUAGAUAUUGUAAUGGGCUGGUUUGCGAUAAGGCGUACUAAACCAUCCUCAAAUGAAGACUCUCUAACACCCCAUGUGAAGAAAAUUAUCGAGAAGAAGUUUGAAGAGUCUACUGGCCUUGUUGUUCGUGCAAUUACUCAAUUUGAGUUCCAAGUUCAAGCACAAGAAGGGGAAUGUUUCACAGUUAGAUUGGUGGAAGGAACUUGCUCUUGCAUGGAAUAUCAACAGCUAGGAAUUCCAUGUGUUCAUGCAAUUGCUGCAGUAGGAAAUAUCAAGAUACCAACAGAAGCUAUCGUUUGUAAAGCUUUCUAUGGGAAUAGUUGGAAAAACGGGUUCGAGGGAAGAAUUUAUCCGGUACCAUCAGUGGGAAAUGUGGAAAUAGGAGAUGGUUUUAGAGGAGAACUCCUUCCUCCUGAUGUUAAACGUCCAGCAGGAAGACCAAAGAAAAUCCGCAUUCUAUCUAGUGGAGAAUUCAAGGUACAAAUCUAUUUACACUACUGUUUAGCAUUCUGGAAGGAAGAAGGGAGGGCGUAG